AUGGGCAACGCCGCGCCGCGCGCGCAGCCGCAGAGCGUUCUGGACAGCGCGUCGCAGUACCGGACGUUCUUGAUGGACUACACGCCGCGGUCGAUGGAUAUGAUGUUUGGCAGUUUGAUCGGCGAUGGUAAGUUCCUCAAGAGCAUCUCGUGCAAGUGCGACGAAGGGCACCUCGUGGUCAAGAUCUACCGAAAGUACGACGAGCGCGAGUCGCUCACGCGCGCAGAAGUCGCGCUGCGGCGCUUGACGCUUGCGUUCUCGAUCGAGUACGAGCCCAACGUGAUGCCGUACGCGGACUUUCAGCUCUCGCACAAGAGCCAUGUGGCGUUUCUUGUCCGACCGUUUUUUGCCUCGAAUUUGUACGACCGAAUUUGCUCGCGGCCAUUCUUGACGCUUGUAGAGAAAAAAUGGCUCGCGUUUCAGCUCUUGCGGGCGCUGGCCCAGAGCCACGCAAAAGGCAUUUGCCACGGCGACAUCAAGCAGGAGAACGUCAUGGUCACGAGCUGGAACUGGGUCUUUCUCACGGACUUUGCGCCGUUUAAACCCACGUACAUUCCCGAGGACGACCCGGCGGACUAUAAUUACUACUUUUGCGCGAUCGACGCCACGCGACGCGGCUGUAGCGUCGCGCCCGAGCGCUUUUACGGCAAAGGAGGAGCUGUGGUGCCACCUGCGACAGCUGCAGCGACCGGAGCAAGUGUGAGCGCCGCCGCCGCAGCUGCUCUGCUGGGUGCAAAGACGUCGGAUGCAGUUUAUAUGCUGUCGAAAAUGGCAGACAGCGACGUUUCGGUGGAAGAAGUGGACAAGCAGAUUCUGGCCAUGGGGACGGGCUCGGGUGGGACCGCCACGUAUAUGCAGUCACCGCCGCCGCCAUCAUACUCGCGUUCGCGUCGAGAAGGUAGCUUGCUCGAGUCAAUGGACAUUUUCUCGGCUGGGUGUGUGAUUGCGGAACUUUUUUCGGGCGGGAAACCUCUUUUCGACUUGCCGUCGCUGCUGAAGUACCGCACUGGCGAUUCGGACGCUUUGCGUCAGCGGCUGAAGAAAGUAGACGACCCGCGGCUUGAAGAGCUGCUGCUGCACAUGUUGCAGUUGGAUCCGAAUGCCCGACUUUCAGCGAGCGGCUAUCUGGCCAAAUACACGAGCUCAAGUGGACUGUUUCCAACAUACUUUGAUAACUUUUUGUUCAAGUUUCUCGUUCUUGUGCUCAGUCGUGGUGGAAAAGUGCCGGAUGCACGAAUUCGACUCGUGUGCAAGUAUUACGGGCGACUGGUGCGUGAAGUCGCAGGCGUAGAAGACCCGGAAGGCGAGGAGUUUUUUAAACUGCGUCUCAAAGAAGGGUACGGCUCCGACCGGCUAGCAACUGUAACAGGAAGUGACCAACAGACGCAUGUGGCACAGCGUGUGCUUGAAGAGCUGUAUCAGAAGAUACCUUCGAAGCACGAUAAGCAGAAUAGCGAGCGCGACAAUGCUGCUCUUACCAAGUUGCAUCAGAUCAGGGAACACGAGAGCGAUAUGCGCGGUCUUAGUGCAAGUUUGCAAAAGAAGAAAAUCGAGAAGCUCCACGAUCAAUUUCAGGCGCUUACGCAAAAGAAAGAGACGUCAUUGCUGCUCGAUUACUCGCGCGACGCACCGAACGGUCGUUUGAAUGAGAACACGUGCUCGAAGGAUGCUGAAGCUAAAGAAGAAGUCGGUGCAGACGGUAACGAUCUUUCGCUGGACAAGUCAAACACUUUGCCCCAUACAAGCAGCGCGCGACAAAUGAAGCCACCGGUACACCAAGGCAGCGAACCGUGGCCGCAUGACCGUAAUGGUAUUGUCAUCAUUCUAUCGCUGAUUUGUUCAAGUCUGCGGCAUGUGCAAGUCCCGGAAUCGAAGCUCACUGCACUGUACCUGAUCCGCUCACUUGGUCAAUAUACGAGCGAUGAAGCCCGUUUGCAACGCUUGAUUCCGUAUCUGCUCGAGGUUAUCGAUGACCCAAGCGCGACUGUGCGCGCACUGGCGCUUCGUACCGUCGCGUAUUUGAUAUCGCUUGUGGAAUCCUUUCCUCUUGCUGACGCUUCGGUUUUUCCGCAGUAUGUGCUGCCUGCUAUGGUACCAUUCCAGUCUGACCCCGACGAGUUGGUGCGCAUCACAUUUGCCGAGUGCUUGCCGCAGCUAGCAGAAACAAGUCGACGUUUCUUGGAGAUUGCACACGCGAUGAAGCAAAAAAUGCUGGCGUCGUCAGCAUCCGCGAAGUCCGCGGUGUCUGGCCGAGGCAAUGAUUCGUCUGCUCCUAGCACGUUGUACAUGGCGUCCAGCAGUUUCGACAAAGAGCUAAGUGUGCUGCACAAAAUGAUUUCGCGCUUUGUAAUUCAGCUCACGACUCCCGAUCAAAAGGCCUCAUCAUCUCUCGUAAAGCGCGCACUACUGGUUGAUAUUACAAGACUGUGUGUGUUUUUCGGCCAAGAACGUACUCUGGACGUUGUCUUGCCCCAGCUCAUAACGUUUCUGAAUGAUCCGGACUGGGAGCUGCGAGGAGCAUUUUUCGACCACAUCGUUGGCGUGUGUUCUUUUGUAGGUCCUGAGGCCGUCGAACAAAACAUCUUGCCUUGCAUUGAGCAGGCGCUGUUUGAUGUGCAGGAAAUUGUUAUCACUAAGGCAGUGGAGUGUCUUACUGGAUUGUGCCAACUUGGACUGUUCCAGAACAAAAUCAGCACGCUCGUGGAGAAAGCGCGCAUGACCUGUUCUCUGCUGCUGCAUCCAAGUUGGUGGAUUCGCGAUGCCGUGCUAAAACUGAUGGGUGAGAUUGCGCUAAAACUGCGCAGUGUGGACGCUAACGUUUUCUUGGGUCCACUGCUUCGGCCCUUUUUGCGCAAGACGAUGGUGUUUUUGCCCGACGAAAAGGUCUCUGUGGUCACGAAGCGACUUCGUGACUGCUGUCGGCCCCACGUCUCGCGGGAGACAUUUGACCGCGCACUACUGGCGUCUUCAUUAUCUUCAGGUUUUAACGAGGUGAUAUCCGACAUGGAGCGAUCUGCCGGCCAACCGCCUGAUGACAGCGAUGACGACAUGGUGCCAACCACACCUCUCUCGGCUAUGACGACGACCUCACGUGAAUCGCUCGAGGAAUCCGUUGGCGACAUAUCGAGGUUCCGUAGGAACAGAGAGGCCUUGCUGAGUGCGGACUCUCUCGAUGGAUAUGGUAUGUUCCGUCAGCAGUCGUCUGGUGCAGCUGUUGCGUCUUCGGCAGCGAUAACAGCAGCAACAAUCUCAAACAGUGUUGAGGCUGGCGUGCUUUCGAUGUACGAUCAACGCAAAAAUGAGAUCCAAUCACUGAAGCUCAUGCAGCAGUACGUGUCGAUUGCCUCGAUGCAGAUGCGGAGCAAGUUGGAAAUGGCCAAGACUGAGCAAGCUGCACGGAUGCAAGGAACUUCAAAAAGUGAUCGCGCUAGUUCGCCUCGCAGUUCGGCGAUCAAAUCGUCUGCGGCAGCCAGUGGUGGUGCAGCUCGCACCAGCAGCAACCCGUUCGCCCGAAAGCUUUCGCGCUCACACUUACGCAUGCUCUUCGUGCCAGAUAUGCGUUUCGCACUCUCGACGGCACAACCGUUGACGCCGAACAAAGUUGGAAUCCCAUCGUCCUCAUCCUUAGCGGCGAGCAGUGCAACAACGACGUCGACACCGGCAACUUUUACGUCAACCGCUUUGGUGACAAGAUCCCGGUCGAACGCACCCAGCAGCUCACCGUUGCAUCGUGAAAUCUCAGGAGCUUCAGCAACGUCAACCGGCGCCUCGAUGACAGAAGUCCCGUCUUUGGAUAGCCUUUCCUUGUCGCACGUCGGGAAGAUGUACAGCCUCGUCGAGCCAAGCACACCGGUUUCAGCAUCAUCGAUUACUGUCACAGGCCCUUCCCCGAUGGUUCCUCCGGGGUCCGUGUCAUCGACGGUGGACGACCCGGGACUAAGUCAAAUGGACUCGAAUCACUUUGCACCAACCAGCGGUGGAGUCAUGGUAAGCAUGCUGAACAUGAAUAUGCGCGACAUGUAUGGUGGUGAUGGAAUGAACAGUCUGCUGGAUCCACACCACCACCACCACCACCAUCCUGUGCAUGCGUCGCCAGUGUCACCUCCGCGGCAGAGGAUGAUAAAGAAAGCUCAUACGACUUACCACCAUUACUUUGCGUUCAAGGAGUCGGCGAUGGAUCCUGCACUUGGAAACCCUCGCAAGUUGCUCGCGCGGUUGAAUGCACUGGGCAUUCCUCCGUUGCCACCCGAUCUCGGUGCGCUGCGGCUUCCUGAUGGAUCACCGUACUCGAUUUACAGCCAUGCUUCGAGUCCGUACUGUCUGGUAGGGGGUGGCGGCAUCGGACUCAACAAAAGCGCGGGCAUCCAUGGAGCGCCAGGCAACGAUCGAGGCGGCACAAAUGCUUCAAGCGUCACAUCGUCUGCAAUGCAAGUCGGUAGCAGUACGUAUCCUCCUGGAGUAGGCGCGUUCAACGUGGCGGCGGCAGCAGCGGCAGCGAUCAAUGGAGGUGUGACGCCCAGCAGCUUUGGCAACUCCAACAGCAGCACUGGAUCCGGCAGCCAUUUGAGCAGCGGAAGUGGUGUUGGUGGGGGCGCUAGUUACCCGAGCUCAUCGUACCACAACUGGCAGCCACGCAAGAACGUUCUGGUGGCGGAAUUGGCCGAGCACUCGGGGGCUGUGACUCGCGUGAGUGCUGCCCAGGACUACAGCUUCCUUGCGUCUGCCUCGAAUGAUGGCACAGUGAAGAUCUGGUCGGUACGGUCGCUACUGCACAGCGUGAAUCAAGGAUCGCGAUGUACAUAUGACGGGCAGGGUGGCGUGAUUACCGACAUGAAGGUGCUCACGAAUAGCCACUCUGUUGCGUCCGCGUCCAGCGAUGGCACUGUCCACGUCUUUCGUGUGGAUAAAGUGAGUUUGGUGGGUGGGAACGUUCAGGCCACUGGUCUGAAGGAGCUGCGUGCGAACAACAGCGCCGUCAUGACGAUCGACUAUCUGAAUAACGUCACGGAAGCGCUGCUGCUCUAUGCCACACGUGACGGCAAGAUCCACGCGUGGGACCUGCGCAUGCGACGAGAGGCCUGGACGCUGAGCAUUUCGCCCGAGCUCGGCUAUGUGACGUGCAUAACGCACUCGCUGGACGUGAGCUGGUUAGCUGUUGGAACGAGCAGAGGCUUUCUGUGUUUGUGGGACCUGCGCUUCUUGGUGCUCAUCCGUAUCUGGCGCCAUUCGUCGCACCGCGCCAUUCAUCGACUGCAGCCCUGUUUGGGAUUGCCGAAUACGUUGCCCCUCGAUGAGACGUCCGUGCCACUGGUCUUUGUGGCAGCAGGUGAUGGGGAAGUCGCUGUGUUUGACCUCAGUAUCGGCGCAUGUCGGGCAGUGUUCCGGACGCUAGAAGCUCAGGCAUCGGAGGCUGAAGCCAGCAAAUGUCCGACGCUGUUGCACGUGGCGAUUCCACACCGCAGUCGAAGCGUGCUUGGCAGUUACCUCGGGAUUUAUGGCAUCGCCACGGCCUUCGACGAGAUUUCGACGUCGCCGCUCAGCGAGGAGCCCAGUGUCCGAGCGAUGCUGUGCCCGUCACUGCACCUUCGAGGCAUUGGAGAUGCGCUGAUCACAGGCGGUGAAGACCGUCAAUUGCGCUACUGGGACAUUCGCAACGGGAAGCAAUCGUACACGAUAUGCGGCAACGGCGACGCCAAGUCGUUUUACGACAACCAGAUACCGCCCACUGACUGGUGGCGCAUGCCCGAUCCUUCUCCGCGGCGGUAUGAUGAAGUGCCAGCAGCCCCUACCUCGACCACGCACAACAUCACAAAGCCGGAGAUGGCUUGGAGCAAGUUGAGCCCCCCGCUGAUCACGGUUUGCCAGGACUCGUCCGUCUAUUCGACUCCAGGUGGCGUCUCAGCCUCAGGGUCUAGCGGUGCCGAGUCUUCGGUCAGCAUGGAACGAAGGGGGUUUGUGCCUCCAUCUCCGGCUCACACGGACUGCAUUUUGGACCUGACGCUCGUCGAGGUUGGAAGCAGUCACAUGUCGAGUCCCAUGCUUGUCUCGAGUGGCCGCGACGCCCUUAUCAAGGUGUGGAAAUGA